UGGCCUUGCAUUCACUUGCGCAACAUCUGGACGGCCGCCAAUGACCCUUCGUCCUGCCCGUCCUUCAAAAUCAUCGGGAUCCUUUUUGGGUAGCAUUCUGGGUUGAAACUGGGAACACGUGCACCUGGGCGGCAGCAUUUGAAGGAACUCGGCGGUGAUCCCAGUGGCAGCAGAAACGAGGUGAAAAUGCAGGCCGUUCUGGGCUUCUCAGCUUCCGCUGCCACACACCUCUCCCCAGCUGGAGCCCUGCCGGCCCUGCCUUUCGACAGCGCGUCACUCCCUCUGUCGACACCAUAUUCCCAGGGCGCCGUGAACAUGCCAGAUUACACCACGUCCGAGGCUGGUAAUCCCUUCAUCUCGGGGUGGUACGCCGAUCCUGACACGGGCUUCUACGAGAACGAGUACUGGGUGUUCCCCACGGCCUCCUUCCGCUACGAGGAGCAGACCUACCUCGACGCCUUCUCCUCGCCAGACCUCGUCCACUGGACCAAGCACCCCCGGAUCCUCACCACCGACGACAUCCCCUGGGCGCACAAGGCCGUCUGGGCCCCAUCCCCCGUGUACCGGAACGGCAAGUACUACCUCUACUUUGGCGCCAACGACAUCCAGGUCGACGAGAUCGCAGAGGGCAAGGUCGGCGGGAUCGGCGUCGCGGUCGCCGACCACCCGGGUGGGCCUUACAAGGACGCCCUGGGCAAGCCACUGAUCGGGGACUUCCACAACGGCGCGCAGCCAAUCGACCAGGACGUCUUCAUCGACCGGCCCGGGUCAUCUGGCCGCGGGGACGAGAGCAACGACGGCGGCGAGGAGGAGGAGGAGGACAAUGCCCAGGCGUACAUGUACUACGGCGGCCACGGGCACGCCAACAUUGUCAAGCUCAACCGGGACAUGAUCUCGCUGGGCUCCUUCGACGCCGAGGGCAACGACGUCUUCCGCGAGAUCACGCCCGCAAACUACACCGAGGGCUCGCAGAUGUUUGUCCGCAAGGGCGUGUACUACUACAUGUGGUCCGAGGGCGGGUGGACGGGGCCGGACUACUCGGUCUCGUACGCCAUGUCGCGCGAGUCGCCCCUGGGGCCCUUCACGCUCCCCGCGGGGAACAACAACAGCAGCAGCGGCGGCAACAAGAUCCUGCAGCAGGACCCCUCGGUGGCAAGAGGCAGCGGGCACAACGGCGUCAUCCACGUCCCCGGCACGGACAUCUGGUACAUCGUGUACCACCGCCGGCCGCUGAGCGAGACGGACGGGAACCACCGCGUCGUGUGCUACGACCGCAUGUUCUUUGACGAUGACAACGGCGGGGCUAUCCUGCCGGUGCAGAUGCUCGUCAAGGACAACUUUGCCGACGGGGGCAUGAUUGCAUGGAAGACAUUUGAUAUUGGUGGUGGUCAUGGCGAAGGAGCAGUAGGGGCAGCGCAGGGUCAUCAGGACCAGGGGAAGAGCCGGUGGGAGGUCAUCGAGCAUAGACUCGUGGGGAGCAACACGGGCGGCCCCAAAACAGCCACGCUGGCCAUGCUGGACACCAACUUUGGGGAUUUCAUCUUUGACGCCACGAUUGGGUUCCCAGAGGUCAUAAGUCCAGAAGACGGCGGCAGCAGCGGGCACGCGCAGCUUAUCUUCUGGGCCCGGGGGAACGCACGGGAAGGGUAUUCCGAGUACAACUACGUCGGGCUGCGUCCAACGACGACCGAAGCUGGGGCAAGACUCGCGGUGAACAUUGGAUCAGUAGUCAACGGCACUGCCACGGUUCUGACCAGCACCACGACUGAUCUGAGAGCCACCGGCAAGGAACUUGCAGUGCGGGUCACUGCCCAGGAAGGUGUUGUUCUUGUCCGGGUCAAAGCGUCUGCUGCCGGCGGUGUCGGAACUGAAGCCGGGCCAGACAGUGCCGGAGAGGCCACGGUGCUGAAGGCAAGUACGCAUGUGUCUCGCUCCGGGGCCAACGGCGUUGCGGUGCAGGGAACUGCCUCGGGCGUCAAGUUUGGGCACAUCUCUGUUGCACAUCCUCCUCCAAAGACACGGGGUUGAGCUAUUCGUCAGAUGGGUCUGGAUCCUAGGGGCAAGAUCGAUCACAUGGCAACGCGCAUUGGGAGACACGCUACUCGGCACGAAUUGUCAACUUGGUGUGCUGCGCAUCAACAGAGAAAAUCAUCGAUAGAGAUGAACAGCAGAGAAUCAAGC